AUGAAAGGCGAAAAUAAAAGUAACAUCGUGGAAAAGAAAAAAAAAAAAUAUGUAUUAGAUUCGAACAGUUUAAUUAAAUUUAAAGAUUUUUUGUUUAUGAAUUAUGAUUGUUAUAUAACAGAAGGCGUAAUCAAAGAAAUUAAAGAUGAAUCAUCACGAAAUAAAUUAAACAAUAUACUUCCUUUACUAAAAAUAUCAAGAGCUGAGCAAAAUGAUAUUAAUUUUAUAAAGCAUUUUUCAAAAUUAACUGGGGACUAUGAUUCAUUAAGUGAAGUAGAUAUAGAAGUCAUAGCAUUGACAUAUAAUUUACAUAGAAAAUUUGGAGAUGUUUCAAAGUUAAAUGCUAGCCCCAUGGAAACCAUUUAUAAAUAUGACGAUGUUCAAUAUGACUAUUCCAACCUUAAUUCUAAAAAUAAUCGAAAUAAUAAAACAGAUACUUUUGAAAAACGGGAAGAUGGCGAAGUGGAAGAAAAGGAGGAGGUAGAAGAGGAUGAAAAAAAGGAAAAAGAUGAAGAUGAAGAAGGUGAAAAAGAUGAAGAAGAUGAAGAAGGCGACGAGGUUACUGAGGAAGAAGUGGGGGAAGAUGGGGAGGAGAAAAAUAAAAAGAUCUUUGGGAUAGAAACAAUAAAAGAAGAAGUGGUAGAAGUUGAUGAAAAUAAAAAUGAUGAUGAUGGGGGUAAAUGGAUUAAUGUGAAUAAUUUUGAUGUAUUUAAUUUAAAUGUAGAUCAAAAUAAAAAAUUUGAAAGUGAUAUAGCAUGUGUUACAACAGAUUAUGCUAUGCAAAAUGUAUUAUAUCAAAUUGGGUUAAAUGUUAUAACUAUUGAUGGAUAUCAAAUAAGAUCUAUUAAAUUAUGGGGAUAUAUAUGUACAUCAUGUUAUUUUUUUAUGAGAAAAAAUUCGUUGUUAUUUUGCUCAAAGUGUGGCAAUAAUAGUUUGAGAAAAGUUAAUGUAAUUGUGGAUAAUGAAUUAAAAAAAUUAGUUGUAAAAAUCCCCAAUUUUAAAGUAAAUUAUAAAAAUACUAUAUUUAGUAUUCCCAAAAAAAAAAAUAAAAAUAAAUCCAAAAAUAAAUUUGAAGAUAAGCUUCAGAUAUUUAGAGAAGAUGAAUUAUUAAUAGGAGGAAGAAAGCAAUAUUUAAAUUAUCAAAAAAAAUUAUAUGAUAGUCAAAAAAAUAUUAAAUACCCUUUUAAGGAUGAAAAUAUGGGUGAAUAUAUAAAUGACUGGACAUAUAGAACAACCUUAAAAAAUGGUAAAAUAGCUAUUCUUAAAAAUCCCAAAAUUAUUGUAGGAGGUAAACGAAAUACUCACCAUAAAAGGAAAUGA